AUGGGGGGCCUGGGUCUAAUGAACAGCAUCGGUAUCUACCAAGCCUGGAUCUCAACACACCAACUCUCCCACAUAGGCGAAGGACAGAUCGGCUGGAUAUUUGGCAUCUACAACUUCCUCGUCUUCUUCUGCGGUAUCCAGAUCGGCCCGAUAUUCGAUAUCAAGGGUCCGCGCUUGCUGAUGUGGCUGGGAUCCAGUCUGCUCGUUCUGGCUUUUGUCUUGAUGGGCUUUUGUUCUGAGUAUUGGCAUUUCCUUAUUGUCAUUGGAAUCCUGGGUGGAAUGGGGACGUCGUUUAUUUUCAUUGUGCCUGUUGCGAGUAUUGGCCAUUUCUUUAUAAAGAGGCGUGGGGCUGCUACUGGGCUUGCUUUGGCGGGUGGGAGUAUUGGCGGUGUGAUCUUUCCUUUGGUUUUGGAGAAUCUUGCUCCAAGGAUUGGAUUUGCUUGGGCCAGUCGUGUUGUUGGGCUUAUCACGUUGAUUCUGCUCAUUCCUGGUUGUUUGCUUGUUCGUGCCAAUUUCCCGCCAAAGGUUUCGUCCGCGCCGUCGCUUAAGGCAUUCCUGCCUGAUCUUACUAUUCUCAAGGAUCCUGUGCUUGCUUUGACGACUAGUGGUGUUUUCUUUAUUGAAUGGGGUUUCUUCAUUCCGCUUGAGUAUAUUGCUUCGUAUUCGAUUGCGAGUGGUAUCUCUCCCAAGUUGUCGUAUCUGAUGGUUGUCUUUUUGAAUGCGGGCUCGUUUCCUGGACGUUGGCUUCCUGGUAUUGUGGCCGACCACAUUGGUCGCUUCAAUACAUUGAUUUCGACGAACAUUCUUUGUUUGAUUGCUGUUUUGGGCAUUUGGAUGCCUGCAGACGGAAACGUUGUGGCUGUCAUUAUCUUCUCUGUUGUGUUUGGAUUUGCGAGCGGGAGUAACAUCAGUCUUGUCCCCGUUUGCGUGGGAGAGUUGUGUCCCGUUGAGAAUUAUGGGAGGUACUAUACAACUGUGUAUACCAUCGUCAGCUUUGGAGCAUUGACCGGAGUUCCGAUUGCUGGCGAGAUCAUCCACCGCUGUCAGGGAGCGUAUUGGGGUUUGAUUGCUUUUGCUGGGUGUGCAUACGCAGCUGGAUUGAGUUGUUUCAUUGCUGUCAAAUUUCUGCAGAAGCAAAGAGGCAAAUCGGAAAAGCAGAUGGAGGCGACAGGCGUUUAG